GAAGCCGAAGGGGAAGUCGGAGGACAAGAAAAUGAAGAGAGAGCGACCCGGCAAGUCGAGUGAAGGAUCUAGUUCGAAAAAGUCCAAACCAACUAUCUCCCCAAUUUCUCCGCCAGCAUGCGUUACGGCCAAUGACUUAUUCGGUGACGAAGACGUUGACAAGAAUGAAUGUGCUAUGAGCUCUACCAAAGCGGGUAAUGUCCCACCUAUACAUUCUUAUUUUACGAAAAGGCUGCGGAAGGGCUAUUCACGGCAAAUUAGUGAGACGAAAGAAGGAAAAUAUUACGUCGAGUUAAAAAUAUAUGAUGUCGAAGAAAUAAAAAAAAAUGCCGAUAAAUAGAUGGCGGCAUGCUAUUACUACUAUAAAAACUAAACUGGAUGAAGAUAAGGAGUCUUGGCGCCAUAUAAAAGAGUUCAUCUUAGCGACCCAAAAAGAUUUUAAAAAUUGUUCGCUGUCGUACUUAGGAUCCUACGAAACUUAACGAUUUAACCUAUUGUUAAUCAAUUUAUUAUUCCUGUACACAUUUUUAUAUUAGGUACAUGAUGCAUAGGUAUAUCUCUAUAUACAAUAUAAUAAUAUUUAUCCCAGCAUUAGCUUUAAUUCAUAGGGUAAUUCAAUGUAUUUUUGGUUAUUUCAUUAUAUUUUAUAAUUAUUAUCAUUGUUUUUUUUUCUUUGUUUCACAGCUUCUUCACACCUCACUAAAAGUCAAGAUCUAGAAAAAUAAACUGUGACAAAUGUAAAAUAUUAAUUCCAGAAAAUCAGUAUUCCUAUCAUAUGAGAACUAAUAUACACAAAGCAAACUGUUUAUUGAAUACCAAGUUCGCAAAUAUUCAUAUUAUUGCGACAGCAUUCAAUAACAGAAUAAUGACAUACAGAUUGAAUGUCACUCAGGAAGACGAGUACCUCGGUCUAGAGGCGUUCCUGAGUGAUCACCAAACCAAUAUAGUAGAAUUGAUUACUAUGUCACUAAAUAAACACAACUGCAUAAAAGUUAAUUUCGAAUUGUUUGCAUAUUUUAUGCUACCAACUUUAGAAGAAAAGCAGCUAAAGUCAUUUAAUACCAAGUACAAUAUUAUUUAUAAAAACACUGAUUUGAAUGAAUUAUUAACUAAAGUAAUGAAUGCAUUGAACGAGAAAUUAACAGAGUUCCAACACUGUCAAUCUGGUUGGACGUUUGUUUCUAUGAGUCAUCUCGAAAUUAAUAUAAAUAAGUAUUCACCUAUGAGGGGUGGAUCUUAUAUAGAUUUACCACCAGCUAUUAAACAUUCUAGAAGUUGCAUUAAUAUAAAAAAUGAAGAUGAUUGUUGUUUUCUAUGGAGUAUAGUUGCUGGAUUAUAUCCAGCGAAAAAUAACGUGUGCAGAACAAGUUCAUAUCCUCAUUAUUCUUCGGUUUUAAAUAUAGAAGGAAUGUCAUUCCCACCCACAAUGAAUGAUAUUAAACAGUUUGAGAAAAACAAUCCAAAUAUGAGUGUAAAUAUAUAUGGUUUGCAAAAUAAUAUUGUAACUGGACCUCUUUAUGCAUCGAAGCAUAAGAGAGAACAUCAUUUUAAUUUACUAUAUAUUGAAAACAAUACUGUUGGACACUAUUGUUUAAUUAAAGAUCUUAUACGUCUUGUACGACGUCAAGUAACUCAUUAUAAAGGUAAAGUUUAUUUAUGUGAUGCAUGUUUACAAUUUUUCAGUAGCGAAACAAGAUACAAGUCUCAUAACUGUUCUAAGAUAUUGUCUAUUUUGCCUGAAAAAAAAUCUAUAUUGAAAUUUAAACAUUUUGAGAGGCAGCAGAAAAUUAAUUUCAUCAUUUAUGCUGACUUCGAAUGUAUGUUAAUUGACUGUAAUGAAAGUAACUCUUUAAACACUCGGAAACUAAAGACACAUCAACCUUCAUGUUUUGCUUAUUAUAUCUGUUGUGCACAUAAUAAUGAAUUAAAUAAGUAUGUCUCAUACAGAGGUACAGAUUGUGCGGAAGUAUUUGUUAAAUAUUUAAUAAGAGACGCUAAACGUAUACAUAGAAUUUUAAGUAAUAAAAAGUCUAUGACUCCAUUAACAACUGAGCAAGAGAUGAAUUAUCAGAACUCGAAUACAUGUCACAUAUGUAAACAACUAUUGCUUAAUGACAAAGUCCGAGAUCAUGAUCAUAUUACCUCAGAGUACCGUGGGGCAGCGCACUCCCAUUGUAAUUUGAUGUAUAGAGUUUGUUCAUUCAUUCCUGUCGUCUUUCAUAAUUUGUCUGGGUAUGACUCACAUUUAUUCAUUCAAGAGUUAGCAAAAUAUGAAGGUACUAUUAACAUAAUACCGAAAACUAAAGAAAAAUACCUCUCAAUAACGAAAGUAAUAAAGACAGAAAAAUAUAAUCAUCCUAUUCAGAUAAAAUUUAUUGAUUCUUUUCAAUUUCUUAGUUCUAGCUUAGAUGCAUUGAGUGAUAGUUUAUCAGAAAACGAUUUUUUAAACUUAUCAAGAGAGUUUAGCGAUAAAAGAAAAUUUGAUCUAAUGAGAAAAAAGGGUGUUUAUCCUUAUGAUUAUAUCGAUUCUUGGUCCAAAUUUGAUGAGACGCAACUUCCAUCAAAGUAUCAUUUCUAUAACAGUUUGUGUAAGAAGCAUAUAACUGAUGAAGAAUAUUUACACGCUCAAACAGUUUGGAAUGUUUUUAACGUUAAAUCUCUUGGUGAAUAUACAGAUUUAUACAUAAAAUGUGAUGUGCUUUUACUAUGUGACAUAUUCGAAAAGUUUAGAGAAACAAGCUUACAUUACUAUAAGUUAGAUCCAGCUUAUUAUGUUACUUCACCGAGCUUAAGCUGGGAUGCAAUGCUUCUAUAUACUGACACUGAACUGGAGUUAAUAAGUGACUUGCAAAUGUAUGAGUUAUUAGAAAAAGGAAUUCGCGGUGGGCUGGCACAGUGUUCUCGACGUCAUGCUGAAGCAAAUAAUAAAUACUUACCACAUUUUAACGAGUCAGAACCAAGCAGUUAUUUAAUAUACCUUGAUUGUAAUAAUCUGUAUGGCUAUGCUAUGAUGAAGAAACUUCCUAUCUCAGAAUUCAAAUUUUUAACUCUCGAAGAAAUUAGCAACUUUGAUGUAAUUACUAUCUCUGAUGAUAAUGAUUACGGUUAUAUUUUGGAAGUUGACCUGAUUUAUCCGAACUAUUUACAUAACAAACAUAAAGAUUUACCUUUUGCAGUUGAAAAAUUAGUACCACCUUAUGGAAAAUCAGCAAAAUUGAUUGCGAAUCUUUAUGAUAAGCAUCAUUAUGUGAUUCAUUACGUGCACUUAAAAGAGUGUUUAAAGAAUGGUCUGAUUUUAAAAAAGAUUCAUUGCAUACUUAGCUUUAGACAAGAAUGUUUUCUCAAAAAUUACAUCGAUCUCAAUACUAGACUUCGUCAAAAUUCCAAAACUGUAUUUGAAAAGGACUUUUUUAAAUUAUUGAAUAAUGCGAUUUUCGGAAAAACUAUUGAAAAUAAGCGCAAGCAAGCUGAUGUUAAAUUAGUAACAAAAUGGAGAGAUACCACCAAUAAAACAAACAAACAUCUUGAUGCUGAAAAAUUGUUAGCUAAACCAAACUUAAAAAGUGUAUCAAUAUUUUCAGAUAAUUUUAUAGCUGUAGAAUUAUAUCAUGAAAAAGUUGUUUUAGAUAGACCGAUUUAUAUCGGAUUCACAGUUUUGGAAUAUUCUAAGCAACACUUAUACCAGUUUCAUUAUGAUUUUAUAAAGAAAAAAUAUGGAAAUAAUGCAAAGUUAUGCUAUACGGAUACUGAUAGUUUGUUAUAUUUAAUAUAUACAACUGAUUUUUAUCAAGAUAUGCAUGAUGAUCUUACCAAGUUUGAUACUAGUAAUUUUGCAGUCAAUAAUCCUUAUCACAUACCACAAACUAAUGCAAAAGUUCCCGGAUUAUGGAAACAUGAGAUGGGUGAUGAUUUAAUUAUAGAAUUUGUCGGUCUACGAGCUAAAUUAUAUUUUAUAAACAGUCUCAAAACUCAAAUUAAAAAAGCUAAAGGUGUUUCCAAAUCUAUCACAAAUAAUCUAAAAUUGGAUGAUUACAGCAAUGUUCUGUUGACCGAUAAAGCGCUAAGAUGUAAAAUGAAUAUGAUAAAAUCAAUUAAACAUGUUUUAUACUCCCAACAAGUAGAUAAACAAGUUUUAGAUAGAAACGAUGAUAAAAUUCAAGUACUACAAGAUCAAAUUCACACAUUACCCUGGGGUCAUUGUGAUUCUAUGUUUUUAGAUUAUUCCAGUGAUACGUAA